AUGUACCCGGGCUGGUUAAUGCAUUUUGCAGCAGCGGCGAACGUCAUACGAUCAGAGCCCUUUGCGACAUACGGUCAUGUGAUGUGGAUGGGGUUGCGACAGUACACAUGUCCUAUGUUUUCGGGUAAGAAAUAAUUAAACUGUUUAUUUGACUGUAUUAACAAGUGUGAUCAGAACACACGCGAUGCUUACGACUGGCUUUUUGUAAAUACGUGAGUUUUAUAAUGAAGUUAAUCUUGAUUAGAUAGAAGAAAAAAAAGAUAGCAAAUGGCUCUUCAUGGCUGACAUACCUACCUAACAGUAGUUAGUUACAACAAGAAUGUGCCAAGUACCUUAACUCCACAGAGUUGAGCUACGUUUUUUAAACGGACCUCAGUUUUUUAAAAUUAAGCUCCGUCUCCUUCGAGUCGCUAUGCAGUUGAUACUUCAAAAAAUAUAAAUUCUUAAACCCAUAUCGUGUACCUAUGUUUGUCCUCUGUUGUUGCGUGCCUUUUUUUGUUUGCUGAAAUCCAUACCUUUUUAAUAAAACGUUAAACAAAAACAACCACCGACUGUUUCCUCAUGGCUGUUGCUAUAAAACGUUAACUCGGCGCGAAUGCGCAUAUGCCAAUUGAAUCUCAACGAAACAGUCAGUGGUAUUAUAUUAACGUUUUACUAAGGAGGUACUUGGCCAGCUACAGCCAGAGUAUUCAGCUAGGUAAUUAAGGGAUAUGGCAGCAAGAGUAUUAAGUCAAAGUCUGAGGCUACUGUAGUUCUAAUACCGUGUUGACCGUGUUGUAGACUCCCGAGUGGCUCAGUGGUCUAAGGCACUGCAUUGCAGUGCGAGCUGUGCCACUAGAGAUCCUGGUUCGAGUCCAGUCUCUGUUGCAGCCGGCCGCGACCGGGAGACCCCAUGGGCGGCGCACAAUUGGUCCAGCGUCGUCCAAGGUAGGGGAGGGUUUGGCCGGCAGGGAUGUGGGUUUGUUUCCCACGGAGGGCCAGUAUGAAAAAAAACCUAAACAAACAUGUAUGCAUUCACUAACUGUAAGUUGCUCUGGAUAAGAGCGUCUGCUAAAUGACUAAAAUGUUGAUCAAAUAUUCUGUCUGUGUGUAUCUCUCUGUCUGUCUACAAAGAUGAAGAACAGGUGACAUGGAGAACUACAGUAAGGCGCGGACGGUGGAGCAGCCCUGUCCCUGCCCAUUCCCUGGCCUCUCCAGCGACACCACUGAGGUUCGUGUGAAGGACGGCAGCAAGAUCCGCAACCUCAUGCGCUACGCCCUGAGCCGCAUGGAGGUCAAGCCCAGGGCGCUGGAGGGCGAGGGGGGGCGUCCUAAGAGCGAAGAAGGGGGUAGCACAACCGAGGUCCAGGAAGCAACAUGCUCCCAGGCACCGGAAAAGAUGCCCAGCCGGCAGAUAGUAUUCACUGGGACGGGGAAGGGGGUCUCCAAGACCAUCACAUGUGUGGAGAUCCUGAAGCGCCGUGUGAAAGGCUUGCACCAGCAGACCAGGCUGCUCUUCAGCACUGUCCUGGAGGUGUGGGAACCCCUGGAGCCUGCGGCAGGCCUGGACAGCCUCACCGUCAACAGGAACAUACCUGCUAUUUGGGUACUGCUCUCCAGAGACCCCCUGGAUGCCAGCCUGCCUGGGUACCAGGCUCCAGGGAACUUUGAUGCCCUGUGGGCACAGGCUGCCAAGGAGGAUGCAGGGGUGGCUGGUGGACAGAGGCAUGGGGGCAGGAGGAAGAGGGGGGGUGGUGGUGGUGGUGGUGGUGGAAGGGGUAAGGGACCAGGAGGCCCUGUCAGACAGACUGGUCGAUCCAGAGGGCCAGGGAAAGGCCAGAGUCAUGGUAAGGGGGCGCUGGCAGGGCAGGAAUGA